GAGAGGGAGCGGUGAGAACACCAGCGGCUCCCAAGCUAACUCCUAGCCACGCUACCCACCCAGCUGGGUCCCCAGGAAACGACGCCAUCGGCGCUGUCCCACUGCGCAGGCUCCAACCCUCGGCCCGCAUGCGCAGUCAGUCCAACCCGGCCUGGGGAAGUUUCCUUUUGCACGUCUGCUACAUCAGUCUCCUGUUUCUCCACUUACCUUCUCCAUUUUCCUAGUCCCUGCAGGACGUCACUGGAAUAUUAUUUGGAGAAAGUGUCAUGGAAGUUCUGCGUCCACAGCUUAUAAGAAUUGAUGGCCGGAAUUAUAGGAAGAAUCCAAUCCAAGAACAGACCUAUCAACGUGAAGAAGAUGAAGAGGACUUUUAUCAAGGCUCCAUGGAGUGCGCUGAUGAGCCCUGUGAUGCCUAUGAGGUGGAGCAGACCCCACAAGGAUUCCGGUCUACCGUGAGGGCCCCUAGCUUGCUCUAUAAGCAUAUAGUUGGAAAGAGAGGGGACACUAGGAAGAAAAUAGAAAUGGAGACCAAAACAUCUAUUAGCAUUCCUAAACCUGGACAAGAUGGGGAAAUUGUAAUCACUGGCCAGCAUCGAAAUGGUGUAAUUUCAGCCCGAACACGGAUUGAUGUUCUUUUGGACACUUUUAGAAGAAAACAGCCCUUCACUCACUUCCUUUCCUUUUUCCUUAAUGAAGUUGAAGUUCAGGAAGGAUUCCUGAGAUUCCAGGAGGAAGUACUGGCGAAGUGCUCCAUGGAUCAUGGGGUUGACAGCAGCAUUUUCCAGAAUCCUAAAAAGCUUCAUCUAACUAUUGGGAUGUUGGUGCUUUUGAGUGAGGAAGAGAUCCAGCAGACAUGUGAGAUGCUACAGCAGUGUAAAGAGGAAUUCAUUAAUGACAUUUCUGGGGGUAAACCCCUAGAAGUGGAGAUGGCAGGGAUAGAAUACAUGAAUGAUGAUCCUGGCAUGGUGGAUGUUCUUUACGCCAAAGUCCAUAUGAAAGAUGGCUCCAACAGACUGCAAGAGUUAGUUGAUCGAGUGCUGGAACGUUUCCAGGCAUCUGGACUAAUAGUGAAAGAGUGGAAUAGUGUGAAACUGCAUGCUACAGUCAUGAAUACACUAUUCAGAAAAGACCCCAAUGCUGAAGGCAGGUACAAUCUCUACACACCAGAUGGCAAAUAUAUCUUCAAGGAAAGAGAAUCAUUUGAUGGCCGAAACAUUUUGAAGAUUUUUCUCUUUACCCGCAAAGUCAGUCUCUGAAGUGGCUUUAUAAUCCGUUUUGACUCAGAAACAGCCUAUGUCCUAAAAAGUAGAUGGUGCAUUUUUGACUGUUGAGGCUUUGCCUUUCUAAGUGUUGAAUUAAUCUGCGAAAUGCAUGUAAAGGGGCUCUUCAGGAUUACAUUUAUCUUUCUCCAACAGACUACCCUUCUGCAAUAUUCAUGAUUUAUGCCUUCUCUAUCUGGUUAACAUGCCAUCGUUCCUCUGGACAAAGAGAAACAUAAGUUGAUACUAAUGGAGAGGUUUUCGAGUCUUUUUUUCAUUUGCUCUGUAAGGGUUUAGGUCAUUCUCAAGGCUAUGGGUGUUUUGCUGAGGUGGAAGGGAAGUAUAUAAUAACAUCAGAAUAAAGCUGUAGCUUGAGAAAUACUUGUACUUUUUCUUCCCUAUUCCAUCCUCCAUUCCCUUAUCUUGUCACUUCACAGUUUCUUGCCCAAUGCUGAAUGUGACCCAUUGCCUUAAUUAAUGAUAUCGCUCUUCAACAGCUGUGACUGCUUACCAUGGAGCCCAAUAGGGCAGUGCCAGCCAUCACCUCAGACAGGCAUUCCAGCACCCACAUUGCAGAGCUAUGCCAAAGUCCUUCCUUUCCUUGAUAUGUUUUCUCUUUUUGAGUAGUUUUCUUGUUUUUGAGGUAGCUUUGUGUUUGAGUGGCAGGCUGCUAAUGAAUUCAGCUGUAGUUAACUUUACUGUUUUUCCCAGGCUGCAGCUUCGGUGUGAUAUGAAUCUUUCUCUUCUUUUAUCACCCUUCUUUGGGGAUUUUCUAGUAUCAUCGUGAAUUGCUUUGCUUUUUUUGUUGUUAAUUUAGUUAAGAAAGAAAAUAGACUGAAUGGGGAAAGAAAUGUUUAGGAAUGGCUCAAAGCCAACUGGCUUUUAAUGGAAUUAAAACUGAAGCCUUGUGUGUUGAUGCAAGUCAGGUGUGAGGUGCUUCGACAUCUGUAAGAGUGGGAUGAUGAGAGAGCCUGUUGGGUGGCUGUAUGAGCAGUGUGGAACUUUUACCUUGGUAUGGAAUUUCUCUUACUUUGCAAAGUAAGUUUUCCAUUUAAAGAUGCUUUUUCCAGAAAUCUUCUGGACCACCCCAGUGAUGACAUGAAUGUAGCUCCCUCUAGUGUUGACAAGGACUUGCUGUAUCAGUAUACCCUUACUAAUUCAAACCCAGUCACUUUUAGCGCUGGACCUAGCUAGGUUCUUAGAGACCAUUUAGUCCAAUUCCCCACUUUAAUCUCUGACACGAGAUCUACUAAGGUAAAGUGACUUGCCAGAGGUACCGCUAGUUAGUAGCAGAGUCUGAAUCAGAGCAAAGAGACUCAAAACUCACUAACUGAGCAUUGUUUUCUGCUGCCUCCCAUAAAGAUGCUCAGUGUUUAGGUAGAGAACAUUACAUACUUGAAGUUGGGCAUAUCUGCCUGAACUGGGAUAAUGUCCAAUUAAAACUCGUUUCAUAAAUGGUGGGGCAGUGAGUGUGCCAAUUAAUCUAAAACCGUAGCUAGUUAAUAAUUAGACUUUUGUACUGAAUAUAAUACCAACACUAACAGAAAUACUUAAUGACUGUAUACCAUCUGCCAGACUAUGUGCCCUAAAGAUGAGAAACAGUCAUUAUGAUACAAUCCCUGCCUUCCAGGAGCUUCCAGUCCAUGAGGGAAACAGAUAGUUAAUAGGCAAUUAGAAUAUAAAAACCAUGGCGUGAGUUAUGGACAAGUGCCUUUGACCACAGAUAGUUAUGACGAAGUACCCUUUAGUAUAGUUUCUAAUGUUUUACUCUUUAAUCACUAGUUCCAGAAAAAUAAUCUAUCACCUAUGUUCAAUCAAUGGAAUUAACUUCUUUCUUAAAGUAAAGGUAAAUUGUGGGCUUCAGCAGUUACCUCCCACCCCCAACACAGGCAGUUAACUAUGUUUGUGAAGUAGUAGUCCACCCAUCUUUCGGCAUUACCAUGAUUGGACAUGUCUUUCUCAAUUAAAACGUGACUCCAUGGCCCGUGAAGCCCUUAAAAUAAAAAAAAGGAUUUAGAAAACCAGUGGACUUUAUAUAUAUAGUUUUUGUAUGUUAUGAAAUUAUUAUGUUUAAAAAGAAAAAAAUCAAUUUCACUAACAAGAUAGGAACUGACUUGGAGUAAACAGAAAGGUAGCAUUGGUUGUUAAGGAGCCUAAGCAUACGUGUGCAGCAUGUUAACAGCUGCACAGGCCAAGGAUCAGGAACGUGGUGAUGGGAGGCAGCCUUACAAAAAAAUCAACUUCAUCUACUAUUCAAAGAGAAGCAAAACAAGAAAGAAAGUCAUUGCUCUUUGCUGUAAGAAUUUAAUGAGUAACAGCCAAUUGCUAUUCUACUCCAUGAAAAAAAUUGGUUCUUUUGGCUUGGUAUAAUAUUAUGUGUUCUGGGUGCCUUAAUAAGAAAAAAAAAAAAGAAAUCUUUAAUGACUGUUGGAGGUGGAAGCCACAUUUUUCUUUUGUACAGCUUUUUUGAGAGUUGUUGCAGCUGUAAUAUACUAGUGUCUGGUUAUUCCUAGUUAAAGUAAGAAUUUUCUUUCCCUGGGAAAGACUGAAUUAAGAAUUGACACCCGGAAUAAUUCUCCUGUGUUACUCAAACCUGAGAAGGAACAAACAUAUUUGGUUAUGGUGGUUUUUAUGGAAGAGUGCCAGAUAGCUCCAAAAGGAGGAAGCAUGAGUGAAGAAGACCUAGGUCAAAUUCAUAGGAUGGCGUCCCCUCAGAGAGUGUCCAUUUCUAAUCUAAGAGAUAACAAAAAGAGAUGCUGUUUGGACAGCCACAGACAGUGAUACAUUUAUAAUUGGAGAAAUCAUGCUGACCUAAAGACACACUGCCUGGAAGUACCUGUUCCCUCACUAGCUAGAAUUAGAAUGGUCAUUAACUGCCAGCUUUUGGGGAGAGAGGUGAUGACAGUCCAUUUGGGGUCUUAAGCAAUAGAAUCAGUAUUCCAAGAUUGUGCUCUCAGCAGUUUGAACCAGAGGUACGAUAUUAACUGUUCAAAAGCAUAGCUUCUGACUGCAGGGUGAAGAGGAGGCAUUAGAGCCCUAGGUUGUACUCAUUAGAGAGGUGAUAUGUUACAAAUAAAGGCACAGUGAUGUAUUUGGGAAAGAAUGGAAAGUACUGUAGGUCUAAAAUCAAAGGAUAGUGUAAAAGUGCCAUUUCUUUAGACACUUAAAAAUCCUGGAAAAUAUAAGCCAUGUAAAAAGGAGAUGAAUUUGUACCUUUCCUAUUUUAUAUAUGAAAAUCUUUAAAUUUAGAGAAAGAAGGGACUGGAAGUAUUAAGCUAACUAUAUUAAAAUAUGUUUCAAAUCUCUAGCCACAUUGAGACUUUUCUUGAAAGAUGUAAAUGAGCCACCCAAGUAUUUCAUUCAGUUUUGGUUUUGUCCCAUCUCUGUUCUUUAGAGCCUUUAAAAGGACAAUUAGAAUGAAUAAAUUUAAAUGAGAUCUUUAGUUUGCUUUACUUAGAGGAAUUUUUAUGAAGGAAGCUAUGAAAAAUACUGUUCAUUUUUUUUUACUGAAAAAUAUAUUUAUAUACAUGAGUCAUACAUUUACUGUUUAACAAAUAAUCAUAAAGUGAACAGUGUGACUACUACCGAGCUCACAGAGUAGAGUCUGCCUCCCAUGCCCCUCUCGGGGCUCUUUAGUCAGUCUGUCCUAAGGGAACAGAAGCACAAUUAAAGUCUUAAACACUCUCAGGGGAGAGGCUUGUUUUGAGUGAAUAUUUUGUUUUGCAGUAUUAGAAGAGUGUUGAAAAGAUAAAUUCAGGUUUUUUUGUUGUUGCUGUUGAAAAGAUAAAUUCAGUUUUUCUUUUUGGAGGACAGAGAAGAGAGGUUGACAACAAAAUUGAGCAGAAAGUACAGUGUUCCCAAAUACCCCAUCCCUGCAAAUGCACGACCUCCCCCACGUUGGCAUCGGACACCACACUGGUAGAUGUUUACACUUGAUAGACCACACUGACACAUCAUCACCCACAGUCCGCAGUUUGCAUUAGGAUUCGCUCUUGAGUUUCUCUGCUGAGUUCCUCUUUUCAGUUGUAUUCAUUUGUGCUCUGAUUUUUUAAAUUAUUUCUUCUCUUCUGCUU